CUCCUUCCUAGUUCUCAUUCCCAGUCCCAGCGGAUAUCGUACACGACGUAACGUAACCACUGCGCCCAUUAAAACAUACCCGCGCCCGCGUCCCGCAGCGCAACCGCGGAAUCAAACACCCGCUAGCUCUCCGCCCGCCCAAGCUCUAUCUUCUUCCCUCCGACCUCCCCUCUUCCCUCUUUCCACCUCAACCCUCACCUUCACCCUAACAGCCACACACCCAACCCCCAAAAUGGAACCCCUCACCACCGCCCCCGACACGACGACGUUUGUCCCCAUCGCCGAGCACCAAUCCCGCACCCCGAGCUCCUUCUACUCCGGCCCCGCCGUCCUGCACUACCACCAGCAAAACUGCUCUCUGGUCGUGCUGGAGCGCGAUCUCGCCGCCGUGCCAGCCCUGGCUGCUCUGCGCGACACCGCGACCACUCCCGCGACCGCGAACGGGCACACCACCGACGAUGCAGAGGAAACGGAGGUCGUGAUUCCCGGCGUUAGUGUCUGGGUUACUUCGGACAAAUUCCUCCUCUACAACCCGACUACCCCAUCCCCAAGCGGCCUCUCAAUCCCCUACCCGUCCAUCUCCCUGCACGCCAUCCAGCGGCUACACCUCCCCAACACGGAAUCCCAAGUCCAAGGCCUCUACAUGCAAAUCGCCACCCCCACCCCCAACCCGGCCUCCAUAAUGUCCGACGACGAAGAAGAAAGCCUCACCCUCACCCUCGUCCCACCCCCGGCCUCCUCCCCCUCCCCCUCCAACUCCGCAACCUCCUCCGACCUCGACUCAUCCACCCCCGCCGAACUACGCGAAACACCCACGCAAACCCUCUACGCCGCAGUCUCCGCAUGCUCGAACCUGCACCCCGAUCCCGUCGAGGAUGGUGAUGACGACGAGGAAGGAGAUAAUCUAUUCCAGUCCGGGCUGGUGACUAUGGGUGAUGGAGCGGGUGGUCUGCCGCCGCCGGUGGAGGGCAGUGGAGGGUGGAUUACGGCGGAGAAUAUGCAUGAGUUUUUUGAUGAGGAGGGGAAUUGGAUUGGUGGGGGAGAGGAGCCGAGUUUGGGGUUGAACUUGGGGCUUGGGCCGGGCGCGGGGACGGUGAGGGCGAGGGAGGAUGAGGAUGAGAAUGAGAUGGAUGUGGAGGGAGGGGAGGAGGGGGUUGAUGGGCAAGGGGAAGGGGGGGAGACGAAGUGGCGGAGGACGGAUUAG